CAAAUCAGUGAAAAUAAAAACAAAGCAUAGUAAAAUUGCUUAAAACUAUUUGGUUAGUCAACUUGCUAUAAAUAAUACAGCAUGGAGCCCAAUGAUGAAGUGGUAGAACGCCAGAAACUAGUGCCAAACGAUGUGGAAACCGAGGAAGAAGCACAAAGUGCGCCCAAAUCAGCUCAAACCCCCGCCUCUGCCUCACCAUCUCCAGUUGCGGUGCCAAAGAUCAAUAUAAAGGGCGUAUCCAGCGGAGAAACUACACGAAGCCGUAAUUCAGCUUCCUGCUCUAUUGAGCGCACCAUAUCAGAAAAGGGACAGCCGCCAAAUGCAGCCAAAGUGACGUAUGUAAAUGAACGACGACCGCGCCCACAAGCGGGUGGCGUUAGUGGCAGCGGCGCCGGGGAUGAGCGUUUCGAGUUCAAAACAAGACCGCGAAAGCUUCUCAAAGAUGAUCAAAACAGUGAGCACAGUUUAAAUAGCAUAACACUUGUGAGCAGUGAAUGGCUGGCCCCUCAUCCCAGCAAGGACGAGCAAGACAGCCACCACAACAACAACAAUAACAACAACAGCACAAAAACUAACAACAACAACAACACAAACACGAACAAUAACACCCCACGCAAGCCGCCCAUGCAAAACGCCAGCAUCCACAGCGACAAAUUCGACGAUCGUCCGAUUAAACAUCAUUCCUUUGUCUCUGAAGUGCCCGACGUGAAGCACAUGGAACGCGCACUGUUAGGAUUACUCGAUGAUUUUCAUUCGGGCAAGCUGAAGGCUUUCGGUUCUGGCUGUACGAUGGAUCAAAUGACGAAAAUACGCGAGCAACAGGAAAGCCUUGCCAAAUUGCAUUUCGAACUAGCCGCUGCCGAUGAGGAGGAGCAUGGCACUGAGUUAAACGCCACCAAAGCACAGGAAAACAUGCUUCAGCUGAUGCAACGUCUGGAGCAACUAUCCAUCUCCAUUGAACAGCUGCAAACCAGCCAUACGGGUCUCUGAGAUUUGGGGUUCCUGCACGCAGCAACGCUCUGCGAUCGUCUGCUGCUGCUCUGAUAUGACAUAUAAAGCCAUGUGCAAGAACUAACUGGGCAACACAUUUCAGUUAUUGACACUGACGGAAUGGUGAUAUGCGUGCUUCUUGGUUAGGCUACUUUUACACGAGAGUUUUUAAUUUGUAUGAGGAUUUUAAAAUGAGUUUUAUGUAGAACUUGUGUAAAUAUUUAUUAAGUUAUGUGUUAAUAAGUACAUAUAUGUAGUAGUAUUUUAUAAGCUUCUUAUAACAUGACAAAAACAACAUUAUUUAGCCAACUCGAAGUGAUUGUAUAACAUUUUAGAGUAAUAGACCACGUGCUCAGUUAAGUUAGAGAUGUUAAAAAACACAACAAAACUGAACACUAUAUGUAUGUAAAACUUUUGCAGCAUUAGACAUUUAUAGGAUGUUUAACUAAAUAUUGUUUGUUAUAGUUAUUUGCAAUAUAAAUUCAUUAAAAAUUAUCAUUUAUAAAAUAAAAAAUGUUGAAAAAUGUA